AUGCGCCCCCACGGUUCGCUUCUGCUCUUACUGGUCGCUAUUUUUGCUUGUUUAGGCACGAACUCAGUGGCUGAAACCAGUAUGCGCGUUAACGAAGUUACGCAAGCCAUUGACAAGCCUAGCACGGAAAUUUCCCGCGUACGCAAGGAGAAGUUGAACGCUUUGAAUACUUUGGCCACGGACGAAGAGAGAUUCUUUUUUUUCAUUAUUAUUCCUGGCUGUGUCACGCGUUGGAUAAGUCGUAUGACGGCAGCUGGAUGGGAAGCCCUCAAGAGAAUGUUUGGCUCUAGGACACUGUGGAGAGCGUAA